CAGUGUGUUCUUUUGAAUUUUAAUUGGAUUUCUGUAGAAUUGGCCAAAAGAUUCUUUUUCAUCACUGUCUUCCUUUUUCAUUCGGAAAAAGAUUUGGGGUAUUUAAUUUUACUUUACUGUUUUUGCUUUUUCGAGGGGUUGGGGUUUGUUGCAGAGCCUAAACCUCUACAUAUUCUCUAUAUCACUCUAUCUUCUUCACUAAUGAACACUCAAAAGCUGCUGGCAAACAUCCUCUUCAAAGUUCUUGCAAUUCAACUCUAGCCAAUAAAAACCAAUGGAGCCAACUGAUGUUGCAGUCUCUGAAAACCAACAGCUCUCCGCUGACCCUCUGCCUUUUGCUAGAAGUUAUCAGUUGGAAGCCCUAGAGACUGCAUUAAAGCAGAACACAAUUGUUUACUUGGAGACUGGUUCUGGAAAGACCUUGAUUGCAAUUAUGCUUCUUAGAAGCUAUGCUUACCUUCUUCGAAAGCCAUCUCCGUACAUAGCUGUUUUCUUGGUCCCGACUGUUGUUCUAGUGACUCAGCAAGGAGAUUCUCUCAUGAUGCAUACAGACUUAAAAGUGGGCAAGUAUUGGGGAGAAAUGGGUGUUGAUUAUUGGGAUGCUGCUACAUGGCAACGCCAAGUGGACGCCCAUGAGGUACUGGUUAUGACUCCAGCAAUACUACUUGCUGCUUUGAGGCAUAGCUUUAUACAAAUAAACAUGAUUAAAGUUAUAAUAUUUGAUGAGUGCCAUAAUGCACGAGGCAAACACCCCUAUGCCAGCAUAAUGAUGGAAUUUUAUCAUCGCCAGUUAACCCGUCAGAGCUUACAACUUCCAAGAGUAUUUGGGAUGACUGCUUCCCCUAUAAAGUCUAAAGGUUCUAGCACAGCAGAUAGUUAUUGGCAAAAGAUUCGUGAUCUUGAGAAUCUUAUGAAUUCCAAGGUAUACACGUGUGGCAGUGAAUCUGUUCUGGCGGAGUAUAUCCCAUUCUCUAAUCCGAAGUUGAAGAUAUACAAACAUGUGGAUAUUCCUUGCACAUUGUUUCUUAGUUUAGCUCAUGACCUGGAACAGUUGAAAGAAAUGCAUGAUUGUUCAAUUUCAAAGUCAAACCUGUCUUUUAUGAGUGCUGGAACUGCAAGAAGACGUUUGUCAAAACUUUAUUCGGCUUUCUUAUUUUGUUUGAGUGAGAUGGGUGCUUGGCUGGCUUUCAAGGCUACUGAGUUCUUGUCCCGUGAAGAAGUUGAUUUCCUUUCAUGGGGAGAAUUAGAUGUAUGUGCUCAAACUAUUGUUAGAGAUUUCAGUUGGGGUGCAUCUAAGAUUUUUUCGGCUCGCUUACCUUCAGGGCCAUAUUGGUCAAUUGGUGGUGAUAUUCAGGCAAAUGUGGAUGCUGGAUAUUUGUCAUCCAAAGUUACUUGUCUUCUAGAGUCUCUUCUUGAGUACAGGGACCAGAAGGAUUUGAGAUGCAUCAUAUUUGUUGAGAGAAUUAUUACAGCCAUUGUUCUUCGGUCUCUAUUGAAUGAGUUGCUUCCGGAACUAUGUGGUUGGAGAACUGAGUACACUGCAGGACAUAUUUCUGUGGUCCAGUCACAGAGUAGGAAAUUACAAAACAAAAUUGUUGAAGAAUUUCGCAAGGGGUUGGUGAACAUUAUUGUAGCAACAUCUAUUCUUGAAGAGGGCUUGGAUGUUCAAAGUUGCAACCUUGUCAUUCGAUUUGAUCCCUCAGCUACUGUUUGUAGCUUUAUACAGUCACGUGGACGAGCUCGAAUGCAAAACUCUGACUUUCUUCUGAUGGUCAGAAGUGGGGAUGAUUCGACCCUCACUCGCAUGCACAACUAUAUGGCUAGUGGAGAGAUAAUGCGACAAGAAUCAUUAUGUCAUGCUUCUAUUCCAUGUUCACCUCUAGAUGAUGAAUUGUAUGAUGAGCCUUGCUACAAAGUUGAAAGCACAGGAGCAAUUGUCACCCUCAGUUCUAGCGUGUCAUUGUUAUACUUAUAUUGCUCAAGGCUACCAUCGGAUGGGUACUUUAAACCCAAUCCUAGGUGUGUGAUUGAUAAGGAAACAGGAACCUGCACGCUGCAACUUCCCAAAAGUUGCCCUUUGCAAAGAAUUAUUAGUGUACAGGGGAAUAGCAAAAUAUCAAAGCAACUUGCAUGCCUGGAGGCUUGUAAAGAACUUCAUCGUGUGGGUGCCUUGACUGACAAUCUUGUUCCUGAUAUCAUGGAAGAAGAAACCAUCAACAAAGAAUUGGAAUGUCAAAUCCAUACUGUUGAAGAAUUAAAAUACUUUCCACCAGAAUUGGUUAGUCAUUGCGGCAAUGAUUCAGAAGCAGUGUACUACUGCUACCUAGUUGAGUUGCAACAUGACGCUUGCAACGAUUUCCAGCUUCAUGGAAUUAUACUUGCUGUUAGGACAAGGCUUAAGUUUGAUGAUGAAAUAAUGGCAUUUGACUUGGACAUAGAUAGGAGGGGACGCUUACAAGUUCAACUUAAUUAUCACAACGUUGUUACACUUACUUCUGAAGAGAUUCAACGGUGUCGGAGGUUUCAAUCCAGCAUCUUCAGAAUUCUUCUUGACCGUGAUCUGAGUAAACUGCAGGGCGCUUUGGCUGCAGUUCAAUCGCCUAUUGGUUCUGCAGUUUCUGAUUAUCUUUUGCUCCCAUCUUUGGGUACUACACCUGAAAUAAAUUGGAAAUGUGUGAAUUCUUUACUGUUUCCAUCUCAAGCUCUUGAGGCUAAGCAUAUGGAUUGCUGUUCUACACAAGGUCGCAAACGCAGUGUUAGCACCAAAACUGGGGUGAUAUGUAGCUGCAUGUUGGAGAACUCAUUGGUCUUUACUCCUCAUAAUGGCCAUAUAUACUGCAUUACUGGUUUUUUGGAUAAUUUGGAUUGCAACUCAUUGUUGGAUACGAGAACUGGAGAACCCAUUACCUACAUAGAAUACUACAAAAAGCGACAUGGGAUUAACAUAUGCUUUGAAGAAGAACCGCUUCUUAGGGGAAAACAUAUUUGUAAGGUGCACAAUUACCUUCAAAGAUGCAGAAUACAGAAGGCUAAAGAUUCAACUGAUUCAUCUGUGGAGUUGCCUCCUGAACUUUGUUCCCUCAUCAUGUCACCCGUCUCUAUUUCUACCCUUAAUACCUAUUCAUAUGUUCCUUCGAUCAUGCAUCGGAUUGAGUCCUUGGUUAUGGCCUUAAACUUGAAAAGAAUGCAUUUGGAUCACUGCACACUAGAUAUUUUUAUUCCGACCAUUAAGGUUUUGGAAGCAGUGACAACGAAGAAAUGCCUCGAGAAGUUUCAUCUGGAGUCACUUGAGACACUUGGAGACUCUUUUCUCAAAUAUGCUUCCAGUAUACAGCUAUUUAAGACUUACGAAAAUCAUCAUGAGGGUCUUCUCACCAUUAAGAAAAACAAAAUCAUUUCCAAUGAUGCACUAUGUAGGCUUGGAUGUGCUCGUAAAAUACCGGGAUUUAUCCGUAAUGAACCAUUUGAUCUUAAAGCAUGGCUCAUUCCUGGUGAUAAUUCUCAAAUUCAAACCUUCGACGAAGAGUUCCUAACUUCUUCUGAUAAAAUGUAUAGUAGAGGAAAACAGAAGUUUAGAAGUAAGAGAGUAGCUGAUGUUGUUGAGGCACUAAUUGGUGCCUACCUCAGCUCAGGUGGGGAAGUAGCGGCUUUAUCAUUUAUGAAAUGGCUUGGGGUGGACAUCGAUUUUGUUGAUGCACCUUUGCCAAGGAACUUUCCCAUGAAUGCUGAGAAGCUAAUCAAUGUCAGAUACUUGGAAUCCCUGCUACAUUACAAGUUCAAUGAUCCUUCUCUGCUUGUUGAAGCGCUGACUCACGGAUCUUACAUGCUACCUGAGAUUCCACGAUGCUAUCAGAUUGGGGAAGUUGUGAACCUGAACAUUUCAUUAACCUAAGGCUGCAUAGCAUAUGCAUAUCCUCACAUUUGGACCAAUAUAUUGUGAGCGUUCAAGAUAAGUAAUAUCAUAAAAACAAGAGCACUACUUUGUGGGUCUUAGGACAUCAGAGAAAGAAAUGAAACAAUGUUGAGAUUGAGAAAGUCAAGUUUGGGGUUUCCUAAUUAAUUAUGACCUAUGAGUUCCCAAGUAGAAAUUGAUUGCUAGAGCAGCAAGAUUGGCAUUGAUUUUAGAAGAUAUUCUUAUCCUAAGAUGAUGCCAGUUGUUGUUUAAUUCUUGAAGGAUAUGAUAGAGCCUUGGUUCAGUGGAACAUUUGGUGCCAAUGGGCUUCUUCUAUGACAAGUAAUGGGGUGGCCUUGUGACUAAACAAGGGAUAAAUGAGACAAUACCUGAUUUCGACUUUGGAAUUUACAAUGACCGUGAUUUUCCUUUGGGAUACUUUGUGUAUGCCAUUUGUGUGCUUACCAGAUUUGACCCCUGCAUAGAGAAAGCAAUACAAGCGGCAAGCCUAUUCUUUAGUGGAAGAUACACAAACUUGAGACUGAAGGAGAACCAGCAUCAUAUGCAUCUUAGGUGUUUUGACUUGUGGAAAUUACAUUCUUAGGCUGCAGGACUUACUGAAUUUCCAUUUGGGAGAAAUCAAGAGAGUAGAAGUGAAGUGAUCAAUGCAUAUUGUUCAGCAGCAUUGACGGGAUUCAUGUAUGGAGAUGCAAAUCAUGUUUCGGUUGGCUCAACUCUCGCGGCCUUGGAAAUUCAGUUAGCCAUGGACUUUGUGGCAUGUAAAAGGAGAUUAACAAAAUCUAUACACCAAGUUUUGCCAAGAAAAGUAAGGUGGUUGGUAUAUUAUAGUCAAAA